UGCUUACGCUUAGGCUUAGGAGCCACACAGGCAGGAUAAGGAACGUCUGUGACUGCGGGAGCUACAGGCAGUAUGCACAAGGUGUCUGAAAGUCUCAGAGUGAGAGCAACAUAAUCUGCUGCAGCAUCUGUGACCUUGCUGCCUACAUUGUCUGCCUUUAUUUAUGUAACUAAACUUCAAGAAGACAACCUCUCCCUUCAAUCCAUUCUCUGGUUUGGGUUUCAGAGCAGAAUCGCAUGCAUGACACUCCGAAAAGGAGAGAAAAUGACCAUAAGCAUCCAAGAGCAUAUGGCCAUUGAUGUUUGCCCAGGUCCCAUCAAGCCCAUCAAACAAAUCUCAGAUUAUUUCCCUCGGUUUCCCCGCGGUAUCCCAGCGGCUGUAACUCGUGCUAACUCCCUCAAAUCUAAUGUGAGCCAGCCCUCUGUCAGCCCUUGUGAAACUUCCAAGGAGGAAGAGGAGGAUGUGGACAAAUUAUUUGGAGCCUAUGGAGCUGCUUCCACUGCACCUGCUAAACAUGAAGAGGAAGGGGACCUGGAUGGAUAUGAUUCUGACGACUGCACUACACUUGGGACACUGGAUUUUAGCUUGCUGUAUGAUCAAGAAAACAAUGCCCUGCACUGCACUAUCAAUAAAGCCAAGGGUCUGAAGCCAAUGGAUCACAAUGGGCUGUCUGAUCCGUAUGUGAAAUUGCAUUUACUUCCUGGUGCUAGUAAGGCAAACAAAUUACGAACAAAAACCUUGCGGAACACUCUGAACCCUACAUGGAAUGAAACUUUAACAUACUAUGGCAUAACAGAUGAAGACAUGAUUAGGAAAACAUUAAGAAUUUCCGUAUGCGACGAGGAUAAAUUCCGUCACAAUGAAUUCAUCGGGGAGACAAGAAUUCCUCUAAAAAAGCUGAAGCCAAAUCAGACCAAAAACUUUAGCAUCUGUCUAGAAAAGCAAUUGCCUAUAGAUAAAACAGAAGAUAAAUCUUUGGAGGAGCGCGGGCGAAUCCUUAUUUCAUUAAAGUACAGCUCCCAAAAGUCAGGAUUGCUGGUAGGCAUCAUAAGAUGCGCUCAUCUGGCUGCAAUGGAUGCAAAUGGGUACUCCGAUCCCUAUGUAAAAACAUACUUAAAACCGGAUGAAGACAAGAAAUCAAAACACAAGACGGCUGUUAAAAAGAAAACAUUAAACCCAGAGUUCAAUGAGGAGUUCUGCUAUGAAAUAAAGCAUAGUGACCUUGCAAAAAAGACCUUAGAAGUCACUGUUUGGGACUAUGAUAUUGGGAAAUCAAAUGAUUUUAUAGGUGGUGUAGUUUUGGGAAUCAAUGCAAAAGGAGAGCGACUUAAACACUGGUUUGACUGCCUGAAAAACAAAGACAAGAAAAUUGAGCGCUGGCACACUUUAACGAAUGAGCUGCCAGGAUCUGUCCUCAGUGAUUGACGGGAGUUACCUGCUCUGUGUUGUGAUAGCACAGCUGUAAAGACACAUGCUAUGCCUUUGGCCUCGCCACAGUUUACAGUUUAUCUGAGAGAAGGAAAGAUGUCCAUUUAGCUGAUGUUGUUCCAAGUGGGGCACUAUUUCAGAGAGCCUUCAUCUUACUGGAUUUGAAUUUGUGUUUCUUUCAUAUAAAUGAAUGUUCUACCACUCAUGUACUGUAUGCAGGUGUUUUUCAGCAAGUUGACAAAAUCUAUUUUUGUUGCACAGCCAACUCUCUAUUGCACAGUGCAGGCGCAGCCUACUGAAUGGGAUAACUUGUAGGAUGAUUAUAUAGAACAUGCAACAUUUGCUGCAGAACACGUAGUUACCAAUCAGGAGAUAGUUGGAGCUAAUUUACAAACACUGGGUAAAUUUGCACCUAGACAGUAAGCCAUAGCAACCAAUCAAUGAUUAGCAGGAUGCACAUUAAAAGCAAUUUAGAAAUCACUCCCCCUUGUUUACUGGUCACUUUUUUGGAAGCUCAUCUCUGAAUGGUUACCAGGACUGGGGCAAAUGUUAUUAAACAGUUAACAAUCUGCUGACAGCUGUUACAGAUAACCAAGCAAGUCUUUAUUUUGCUUAACUAUUUAGGUUUAUGCCCAACAGAGAGAUUGUAUUGAAGAUUUCAUAUAAAUUUAAACCAUGUGGCAUUUAAAGAAACCCAAUGACAAGGUUAAGUUAAAACCAUUAAAAGAGAUACCCCAUGCAAAAUGUAAUUAGCAAUGAAAACUCAUUUUUUCCAUGAACACACUCAAAUACUCACAUACACAUUUUGGUGUGCAAAGUACAUUAUGUUUUCCAAGGUUAUUUCCUCUGUGAGAGGUAGCUCAGCUAUAAUUCCAAUGCACCCAAAGCCUCAUACAAGUACAAAGCGCUAGUUUGAUCACAUUUAGAAAACUAAUUCCCCCCCUCAAUUUGCUUUGAUUACCUAAGGGAACCUUCGGAAAUUACCAUCAGGUCCAGGCUGUCGGGAAUUCCUCCAGGUGAUUCAGAUGUUAAAGGAACAGUUAAGUGUAUAAAUGAAAUUGGGUAAAAUGGAUAGACUGCGCAAACUAAAAAAUAUUAGU